AAGAUGGGCAGGAUCGUCUUCUACGAGGACAAGAACUUUCAGGGUCGGCGCUACGAAUGCGACAGCGACUGCUCCGAUUUCCACACCUAUUUGAGCCGCUGCAACUCUAUCCGAGUGGAGAAUGGUGCCUGGGUUGUGUACGAGCGGCCUAACUACUUGGGCUACCAAUACGUCCUGACCCGGGGCGAGUACCCGGAAUAUCAGCGCUGGAUGGGUCUCAACGACCGCCUCAGCUCUUGCAAGAUGAUCCACGUUACCAGCGGGGCCCCCUACAAGAUGCAGCUGUAUGAGAAAGCCGACUUCGGGGGUAAGGCUUUUGAGGCCACAGAGGACUGUCCCUCGAUUCUGGAGAAGUUCCGCUGGAAGGAGGUGAACUCGUGCAAGGUCUUCGAUGGCUGGUGGGUGUUCUACGAGCACCCAAACUACCGUGGGCGGCAGUACUUCCUGGAAAAGGGAGAGUACCGCAAGCCCGGUGAUUGGGGUGCGGCCAGUGCUGCGGUCCAGUCAUUCAGGCGCCUCACUGAAUAA